GAGCUUGAGCUGCCAGACGUGAUGGAGGCUCUCGAGUGCGCUGAAGAGCAAGCGCAGGUCGUGCCCAGGCGCCUCGGGAACAGGGUGCAGUUCGACAAGGAGCUCCGCGACGACUUUGGCGAGAUUGCGAAGGCCGAGCCCUCCGUGGAGGAGCAGCAGCAGCUGGGACUUCAAGCCUCGGAGCCGAAGGACGAUGACCUCACCGAGCAGACGGCGGCGGCGAGGCUGGAGCUUGCCCCGUACAGCCAUGGCUUCUACAGCAAGAUCGUGAGCACGAUGGCGCAUACGUCAGUCGCACCGCCCGCCGUGCCCCAGACGCCUGAGGAGGACAUGGCCAUGCCAGUGAGCGCCGAGGGCACGGGCGAUGAGGCCGACGGCGACGGCGAUCAG